AUGGUCGACCGAGUCCAUGCAGAUGAGGGCAGUGCAGCCAACAUCCUACAAUUGGCAGUCAUCCAACAGAUGGGCUUAGAGGCAAAAAUCAAUAAAUCAGCCAAGUCGCUGACUGGUUUCAAUGGCGCAACGACAGUUAUCGUGGGCACGAUAGAUCUCGACGUCUACUCUCCACCUGUAAUCAGCUCACAAACGUUCAUGGUCAUUGAUGAAGUAUCACCCUACAAUGGCAUUCUAGGCCGACCAUGGAUCGGCAAGAUCAAUGCCAUCCCCUCCGCCACACAUCAGAAGAUUCGUUACCCAGUUCCUGGGGGCGGUAUCAGCCAGAUCAACAGCGAUCAGACAAUGGCGAGGAAAUGCUCAGCUCAAGGGCUGAAGAAAGGCAAGCAAACACAGUUCCUCCCUGUGAAUCAGGCAGAUCUAAAGGGAGUAGAACAAGCAGAGGAGAAAGCAGAUCCCGUUCCUGACGGCCGAGCAGACUAG